UCUCACUCGGUCACACUUCUCUCUUUAAAAUCUUGGAUUUCUCUCGGUCUAGAUCUCCGCUCUACCGCUCUACCAAUGGAGAAGAAGGAAGUUCGAAUUCUCAUUAGUGAUGCUGCAGUGGAAGUUGCACUUGAUCUGGCUGUUGCGAUUGCUUCUGGAGUUAUGUUAGGUCGUGAUCAGCCUGUGAUUGUACACCUUCUUCAUGGUACGAGUGCGACUGAUGUAGCGGCUGCGGAAGAACUUACGUCAGUGCCUUUUGGUAGUCCUGUCCUUUUGGAUGUUAUUGCAACCUCCGACGUCGAAAAGGCUUGCAACAAUGUUGCAUUUGCAAUCCUGAUUGCAAAUGUUCCAAGGAAAAACAAAACUGUAGUAUCACGUGGGAUGGUGAAUAAUUACAAGCUUCUUGCCGAUGCUUUAGAAAAUUAUGCAGCUGCCAAUUGCAAGGUUUUGGUCAUUUCCUAUCCUGCAGAUACAUUGGCUUUGACUUUGAAGAGAUUUGCACCAUCCAUUCCACCGAAAAAUAUUACAAUUCUGACGAGAUCGUAUCACAAUUGUGCAUUGGGUCACAUUGCCAUGUGGUUGAAAACUCCGGUUUGUUAUGUGAAAAAUGUCAUUAUAUGGGGAAAGCACUCAUCGCCGCUACACCUCGACAUUAACCAUGCCACGGUUUUGGGUGAAUAUCCAGUGCGUGACCUCAUUAACGAUGAUGCAUGGUUGAAUGGGACUUUUAUGACUUAUUUCCAGCAUCGCGCUGCUUUAGCUGUUGACAUAAAGGAAGAAGUCGGUCGUGCAAAUCUUAUCGCCAAAGCUGCUUGUGACCACAUUCGAGAAUGGGUGCUUGGAACUCCAGAGGGGAGGUGGGUUUCAAUGGGGGUGUUUUCUGAUGGCUCUUACAAUGUGCCUGCUGGCCUCAUCUAUUCCUUCCCCGUGACUUGUCGCAAUGGAGAAUGGACCAUCGUGCAAGGUCUACCACUUGAUGAGUUCUCGAGGAAGAAGAUGGAUUCUACAGUGGAAGAACUUAUGCAAGAGCAAUUGUUGAUUGUUACUUCUAUUGAAGAUCAUGUCCCCUCAAUCGAACGCCUUCGUCGUGGGUAAUAUUUGUGCUGGAAGCACUCGCCCCCACCAUACACACUAAAUACUCUCUUCUACGUUCGAUGUUCUGUUUGUUUAAUUUCACUAUCUAAUGUUGAUUUUAGACACUACUUUUCCUAAUUAUAUAUGCUUAAUAUUAGUUUUGAUUUUCUAUGAUUGUUGUGAAAAACAGUAGACCCU